GUCAGGCCCAACAAAUACGACAACAACAACAAAAUGGCGUCUGAAAAGAUGAAACAGCUAAUUUCGCGGAGAGAUGAUCUAGAAGCAGAGAUUAAGGCCCUGCAUGAAGUGCUUGAUUCGCAAAAGUCUAUUGGAAUGGAAGGUGCAUUAAUAGAUACAGAAGGAUUUCCUCGGGCUGAUAUAGACAUAUAUUCAGUGAGGCAUGCAAGACAGAAAAUAAUUUGUUUACAGAAUGAUCAUAAAGCAUUAAUGGAUGAGAUUGAGGAAGAGUUAUAUAGGAUCCAUGCAGAGGCCAGACUAGCAUCACAGGGAACCACACAGCAGGAACCAGCCCAUGUACAGGAAGUAAAGGAAAUAAUUAUCAGGGAACCAAUCGGAACUGUAAUGAGUGUUGACGAAGGCUCACCUGCUGAACUGGCUGGUCUAAAAGUUGGUGAUUCAGUGGUGCAAUUUGGCUCAUUAACUGCUGAAAACUUCCAAGGACUACAAAAUAUUGCAACAGUUGUUCAACAUAGUAUUGAUAAAGCUCUCCCAGUGGCUGUUGUUCGGGAUAGUUUAGGUGAAAUUAUGUUGUUACUGGUGCCUAAAAGAUGGAAACCUGAUAAAGGGCUAUUAGGGUGUAAUAUUAAACCAGUGACAUCCAGCCGGUAAUGUGGUAUUGUAUGAUACCUUUCGAAGAGGAAGACCAUGUGCAAGCUUCAAGUUUCCCGGCACAGAUCGGUAUGGCAAAAAAACUGCCUCUGAGUGAGGCUUUGAUGGACACAGAGUAAUUAAUGUUCAUAACUAAACUUCACAAAAAGGUGGAACUUUUUGUUGUUAAUAAUAUUACUAUUUGUUUAAAUAUAAAAAACAUUGUAGGUAAUAAAUCUGUUAUAAAUAUGAUGAUCCUCGUGGUGAACACUGGUUAAAAGUCACAGGAUUUAUGGCAUGUUACUCAUGUAUCUUCCGUACUUUUUGUAUGAAUAUGCACUUGUAAUUAUGAGCUUUUAACUGGAUUUAACACCUUCAUUACCUUUGAAUGACAAACCAAGACACAAAAUUUUUAUCGGUUAUAGACAACUAAAUUUUGAUUUUUAUCAGAUGACCUUGCUUGUUUUCUUUGUGAAAUAAGUAUUACAUACAUCUUUAUAAUACACAAGUGCAAUAUAACAUAAUUGUGGUGUCAAUUUUGCUUAUACAUUUCAAGAAAAACUGUGUAAAUGUCAAAGUAAGUUCAUUUUCAUAAAUUUAAAGGCGUUAACUCGUUUCAUAAAUAGAAUCUCACAAUGCUUGUCAUAUAAUAUAAAAUUUUAUCAAACUUGACCAAGAAAACAUUAUUAACAAACUUAUUUUCUAGGA